AUGGCUUCAAUUUUUUCAGCGCCAAUGUCAGCCGUCCGACCCUCGUCGCUUCGGGGCACUCAUCCCUUGCGGGAUUGCGAAAAGGUUGGUAUGCGGAAUGCGCUGCUCUUCUCGAUGGCCGCCGUGAGUCCGAGACAAGACGCGGACCCUCAAUCAUCGAGGACACUAUUGCCCUCUGUUAUCGCCGCAGGUUUCUCAGAAGGAGGCACAGCCGAUGCUAGUGCAGUUGGAAUAAUACCCUCGUUGACCUCAAGAAACAAUUUCAUAAACUUCUGUGCUUCCAGGAAUAACGGCGCCCUCACCAAUGGCUCCCCGAAUUCUCGGGAUAGUGUCUGUAAUCCUUGUCCCAUCGGGCUGUUGCCAGCAGCCGCGGAUAUGCCCUCUGUGAAAAUAACGGAGCCCCUGCCCCUGGCCGUUCUCGAUCCAAAUCAAGAGUUCACGAUCGCCUUGCGCUCGCGAAACUUUGCAUUUGGUUCCGCUACCAAUCCCUCCGCAAGCUUCAUGACAGCUCCCCAGCAGCUCUCGUCGGAAGGUGUAAUUAUCGGCCACAUGCAUUUGGUCAUUGAAAGCUUGGACUCUUUUGAUCAAACGACACCGCCAGACCCUCAACAGUUUUCUUAUUUUACUGAAGUCGUCGAUGACGACCAGGCCCCAAGAGUCGUUAUUCCGCCGAUCCUCGGGGUUGGCCUUUAUCGAGCGACAGUUUCAUUGCAUGCUAUUAGCCACCAGCCUAUUACGCUGCCUGUGUUGCAACGCGGCGCAACUUCGGACGCUGUCUAUUUUUCCAUUGGCAAUGGCACCAUGAGAGCUUUUGCAAACGAUGGACAGGAUACCCCACAGGCAGGCUAG